GCGGGCGGCGCGCGGCGGCGCUGCUGCCUGACGUCACGGCGCAUGCGCGCGGUGCGCGGAGGCCGCCGAGCGCGCGGGCGGCGGGUCCUGGGCUGCGUGGGGAGGCAGGAGGCUCUGUAGGAACCGGGAUUGUGUUGAAAUAUAUAGGCGAGGAGGAGCAGCAUGGCGGCGGCGGGCGCCGAGGGCCCCAACGCCCGCAUGAGCGUGGCCUCGCAGUUCUUCACCGAGGAGGAGUGCGGCGGCAUCGACGGCAUGAGCACCUCCGAGCGGGUCGUGGAUCUCCUCAACCAAGCCGCCUUGAUCAGCAACGACUCCAAAAUUAACAUCCUCAAGCAGGUGCAGGAGCUGAUCAUCAACAAGGACCCCACGCUGCUGGACAACUUUUUGGACGAGAUCAUCGCUUUCCAGGCUGACAAGUCCAUCGAGGUGCGGAAGUUCGUGGUGGGCUUCAUCGAGGAGGCCUGCAAGCGGGACAUCGAACUGCUCCUGAAGCUCAUCGCGAACCUCAACAUGCUGCUGAAGGACGAGAACGUGAACGUGGUGAAGAAAGCCAUCCUCACCAUGACGCAGCUCUACAAGGUGGCCUUGCAGUGGAUGGUGAAGUCCAAGGUGAUCAGCGAGCUGCAGGAGGCUUGCUGGGAGAUGGUGUCGGCCAUGGCCAGCGACAUCAUCCUCCUCCUCGACUCGGACAACGACGGCAUCCGCACGCACGCCAUCAAGUUCGUCGAGGGCCUCAUCAUCACCCUGUCGCCCCGCAUGCCCGACUCGGACGUGCCCAAGCGCCACGAGAACGACAUCAGCCUGGAGCGCAUCCCCAAGGAUCACCCCUACAUUAAGUACAACGUGCUGUGGGAGGAGGGCAAGGCCGCCCUGGAGCAGCUCCUCAAGUUCAUGGUGCACCCGGCCAUCUCCAGCAUCAACCUCACGGCGGCCCUGGGCUCCCUGGCCACCAUCGCCCGCCAGCGGCCCAUGUUCAUGGCGGAGGUGAUCCAGGCCUACGAGACCCUUCACGCGAACCUGCCGCCCACCCUGGCCAAGUCGCAGGUGAGCAGCGUGCGCAAGAACCUCAAGCUGCACCUGCUGAGCGUCCUGCGGCACCCGUCCUCGGGCGACUUCCAGCCCCAGAUCACCACCCUCCUGGUGGACCUGGGCACCCAGCAGGCCGAGAUCGCCCGCAGCAUGCCCAACCCCCGCGACGUCCGCAAGCGGCCCCGCGACGAGCCCGACGCCGCCCUCAAGAAGAUGAAGAUCGAGCCACCGCUGGGCGAGGACGACGAGGACAAGGACCUGGAGCAGGUGGCGGUGCCGGCGCCCAAAGCGUCCGGCCAGGGCAGCGCCCAGUCGGACACGGACAUCACGGCCGAGUUCCUGCAGCCCCUGCUGACGCCCGAGAACGUCGCCAACCUGGUGCUCAUCAGCAUGGUGUACCUGCCCGAGACCAUGCCCGCCUCCUUCCAAGCCACCUACACCCCCGUGGAGUCGGCCGGCACCGAGGCGCAGAUCAAGCACCUCUCCCGGCUCAUGGCCACGCAGAUGACGGCAGCGGGGCUCGGCCCGGGCGUGGAGCAAACGAAGCACCUCAAGGAAGAGCCGAAGGAGGAGAAAACGGCCAAGCCGGAGAGCGUGGUGAUCAAACGGCGCCUCUCGGCCCUGUCCCAAGGCCAGGCCAUCUCCGUGCUGGGCGCCCAGGGCUCCGCCGCCAACCCGCUGGAGGAGGAAGCCCCGCAGACCAAGCGGCGCCCCGAGCCCAUCAUCCCCGCCACGCAGCCCCGGCUUGCCGGCGCCGGCGGGCGCAAGAAGGUUUUCCGCCUGGGCGACGUGAUCAAGCCGCUGAGCGACAUGCAGAUGGAGAAGCUGAAGCUGGGCGCCGUCAAGCGCAUCCUGCGCUCGGAGCGGGCCGUGGCCUGCAGCGGGGCCGCCCAGGCCCGCGUGAAGAUCCUGGCCUCCCUGGUGACGCAGUUCGAGGUGCCGCUGAAGAGCGAGGUGUUGGCCUUCGUGCUCGACGACAUCCGGGGCCGCCUGGACCUGGCUUUCGCCUGGCUCUUCCAGGAGUACAACGCCUACCUGAGCCGCUACCCCUCCGGCAGCCUCGACCACUACGACGAGUGCCUCAUCGGCCUCCUCUCCGGCCUGCAGGAGAAACCGGAUCAAAAAGACGGGAUUUUCACCAAGGUGGUGCUGGAGGCGCCGCUGAUCACCGAGAGCGCCCUGGAAGUCAUCCGGAAAUACUGCGAGGACGAGAGCCGCACCUACCUGGGCAUGUCCACGCUGCGCGACCUCAUCUUCAAGAGACCUUCCAGGCAGUUCCAGUACCUGCACGUCCUCCUCGACCUCAGCUCCCACGAGAAGGACAAGGUUCGCCAGCAGGCCUUGCUCUUCAUCAAGCGCAUGUACGAGAAGGACCAGCUGAGGGAAUACGUGGAGAAAUUCGCCCUCAACUACCUGCAGCUCCUGGUGCACCCCAACCCGCCGUCGGUGCUCUUCGGGGCCGACAAGGACACGGAGGUGGCCGCUCCCUGGACGGAGGAGACCAUCAAGCAGUGCCUGUACCUCUACCUGGCCCUGCUGCCGCACAACCACAAGCUCAUCCACGAGCUGGCCUCCGUGUACACCGAGGCCAUCGCCGACAUCAAGCGCACUGUCCUGCGGGUCAUUGAGCAGCCGAUCCGCGGCAUGGGCAUGAACUCCCCCGAGCUCCUGCUGCUGGUAGAGAACUGUCCCAAGGGAGCCGAGACGCUGGUGACGCGCUGCCUCCACAGCCUCACGGAUAAAGUGCCCCCCUCGCCGGAGCUGGUGAAACGCGUCCGCGACCUCUAUCACAAGAGGCUGCCGGACGUGCGGUUCCUCAUCCCCGUCCUCAACGGCCUGGAGAAGAAAGAGGUGAUCCAGGCUCUGCCCAAGCUCAUCAAGCUGAACCCCAUCGUGGUGAAGGAGGUUUUCAACCGCCUGCUGGGCACGCAGCACGGUGAGGGCACCUCGGCCGUGUCCCCGCUGAACCCCGGCGAGCUGCUCAUCGCCCUGCACAACAUCGACUCCUCCAAGUGCGACAUGAAAUCCAUCAUCAAAGCCACCAACCUGUGCUUCGCCGAGAGGAACGUCUACACCUCGGAGGUGCUGGCGGUGGUGAUGCAGCAGCUGAUGGAGCAGAGCCCGCUGCCCAUGCUGCUCAUGCGCACCGUCAUCCAGUCGCUCACCAUGUACCCCCGCCUCGGCGGCUUCGUCAUGAACAUCCUCUCCCGCCUCAUCAUGAAGCAGGUGUGGAAGUACCCCAAGGUGUGGGAGGGCUUCAUCAAGUGCUGCCAGCGCACGAAGCCGCAGUCGUUCCAGGUGGUGCUGCAGCUGCCGCCGCCGCAGCUGGCCGCCGUCUUCGAGAAGUGCCCGGAGCUGCGCGAGCCGCUGCUCGCCCACGUCCGCUCCUUCACCCCCCACCAGCAAGCGCACGUGCCGCUCUCCACCAUGGCCAUCCUGGAGGCCAGCGCCAAGCAGGAGCCCGAGGCCAAGGACCCGCAGCCCCCCGAGGAGGACAAGGGUGCCAAGCGCCCAGGCGAGGAGGAAGCGGCAGCCAAGGGGGCGGCCCCCGGGGGGGGAUCGGCGCCGGGGCGCCCGCCCCCCCCCACCACCGCCGCCGCCACCGAGGAGCCCCCCGACUUCCGCGACGAGGGCGCCGACCUCGAGCCCCCCCCCAUCUUCAUCAGUGUGCAGGAGGAUGAGGAGAGCUCGGGGGGUGACGGCUCCCUGCUCGACGCCAGCCUCGACCCCCCCGCGGCCCCCACCAAGGAGCCCCCCAAGGGCGCGGAGGUGCCGCAAGCGGGGCCCCCCCCCGAAGACGCGGCGGCCGGCAGCCCCCACACGGAGCCGCCCCCCCCCGGCACCCAGCCCCCCGACCUCCCGGCCCCCGAGGUGCCCCAGGGGGGCCCCGAGGCACCCGAGGGGCCGGCGGAGAGCUGAGGCGGGGAGGCAGGUGCCGGGGGGGGAGGGUGUCCCCCCUCCGACCCCCCCCCCACCCGGGGGGGCUUUUCUAAAUAAAAGGUGUGCGAGCA